CCGCAGCCGCACCGAGACACAAAAAGCGGCUGGGGCAGGGCUGGGCAGGGCCGGGCAGGGCCGCGCCGGCACCAUGACGGAGACCACCAAGACCCACGUUAUCCUGCUGGCCUGCGGCAGCUUCAACCCCAUCACCAAGGGCCACAUCCAGAUGUUCGAGCGAGCCCGGGAUUACCUGCACAAGACCGGACGCUUCAUUGUCAUCGGUGGCAUUGUCUCGCCCGUGCAUGACUCCUACGGGAAGACGGGUCUGGUCUCGAGCCGGCACCGCCUGACCAUGUGCCAGCUGGCGGUCCAGUCCUCUGACUGGAUCAGGGUGGACCCCUGGGAGUGCUACCAGGACACCUGGCAGACGACUUGCAGCGUGCUGGAGCACCACCGUGACCUGAUGAAGAGAGUGACUGGCUGCAUCCUCUCCAAUGUCAACACCCCCUCCAUCACCCCCGUGAUCGGCCAGCCCCAGAACGAGUCCUCACAGACCAUCUACCAGAACAACAACAACGUCUCCAACAAGCCCACCGCGGCAAAGAUCCUGGGGAAGGUGGGAGAAAGCCUGAGCCGGAUUUGCUGCGUCCGCCCGCCCAUGGAGCGCUUCACCUUUGUGGAUGAGAACGCCAACUUGGGGACGGUGAUGAGAUACGAGGAGAUCGAGCUUCGCAUCUUACUGCUCUGCGGCAGCGACCUGCUGGAGUCCUUCUGCAUCCCCGGUCUCUGGAACGAGGCAGAUAUGGAGGUGAUUGUUGGGGAGUUCGGGAUUGUGGUGGUGCCCCGGGAUGGAGCAGACCCUGACCGGAUCAUGAACCACUCCUCCAUACUCCGCAAGUACAAAAACAACAUCCUGGUGGUGAAGGAUGACUUGAACCACCCCAUGUCGGUUGUCAGCUCUACCAAAAGCAGACUGGCCCUGCAGCACGGGGACGGACACGUCGUGGAUUACCUCUGCCAGCCUGUCAUCGACUACAUCCUCAAGAGCCAGCUCUACAUCAACGCCUCCGGCUAAGCGCCAGAGGCCUUGCAGCGAGACAGCCCUCGUGUCCCACCUGCCUACAGCUCUCCAUCACUCUCUUCUCUCUCUCUCUCAGUCCGUCUCCAACUCUCUCCCCACCCCAUGGCCUCCUGCCCGUGUCUGCCUCUCACCCCCGGCGCCAGCGCUCCAUCAUGCAGCAAUGUCCAGGGAACCGCGGCACGGCCCCGAGGGGAAAAGUUUGGUCUCUUUUUUUGGGGGGAACUGCCCUCCCCCUCACACAUGGGGAAGGAGGGGGGACUGGUAAAAGAGCGACGUGCUCAUUGCACUCGAGGAGAAGCAGCUCUGGCACCCCCCUCCCAGCAUGUCACUGGGAAAUGGUCCCCCCCCGGUCCGUCCUCCCAGCAUGCUCAGAGCAGGGGCUUCCUCUUCUGCAUCAUCUUAUGGUACUUAAGCUCAAUAAAUCUAGGUGGACUUUUUUUUUUUUUUCUUAAAUAGUUUUAGCACAAGCCCUUUGCACCUCUCGACACGAUGACCAAACGAAUCCUGGUUGGCAGCAGGCAGUUGUAACCCAACUGGCUCAGUGCCCCACGGCAAGUGGGCCUCCUCAGGCCAACAGUAGGACAAACUAGCUAACAAAAUCCUCCUCCUGGCCCUGAAAAGUCACAGAGAGGGCAUUUCUGAAGGGGAGCAGAGGCCUUGGCAAGCAUCGCUGCCAAAGUAUUACUGGGGGGGGAUGUCAUCUCACCUUUCCUUGGCUGCACGUGAACCCAACCCACCCCAAGCUACUCCCUAGGCAAGUGGAGUUGGGGUGAUGCUCUACUCCAACCCAGUGUCAGAGAGGGAAGCCCUUAGCACCUAGAAAGGGAACCUGCCACUUAUGAGGCCAAGAAACAAGGGAGGAAGAAGCAGGCGAUGACCCAAAACCUCUGAUGAGAAUUGCCCCAAACCUGGCUGAGCUUCAUGGGGACUGGGUCCAUCCCAGUCCUCUAGCCUCCAGAUCUCCAUUUCUGUCUGUAAACUUCCCCCUUCUCCCUCCACUCCUCCCCUCUUCCUCUCCUUGAAGAGCUUAUUAAAUACAUGACAGCUCCCCCCUCCCAAGCCGGCUGUGGUUACUUUGCACAUCCCUUGGGACAUGCCAGGCUCCUGCUCUCCUUCCUGUGACGUGCCCCCAGAUGCCAGGGAUGGAGCCUAGCGGAGAUGCUCGCAUUAAAAGCUGGGCAGAUAACAGGGAGCAAAAGAAAAUUAUUUAAGUCCUGCGGAGAGGAGGGUGGCUGAAGCAGGCCAUUGUCCUGCUGAGCAUCCCUAGGGUGCCAGAACCCUGCGUAGCCCCUGGGAAAGGUCACAGCCAUGAGGAGGAAGGUAGAGUCCUGCUCUACUCUCCCUUUGCUCCAUCUAACCUUGUAUCGCUUUGGGUAUGGCCCUGCUGCCUACAGCUCCUGGGCAUCUGCCCAGUCCCCACAAAUCUGGGCUAACUGGGCUCAGGCUAGCCCACACCACCACCCUCUCCCAAAACAUGACCAUUGCCUGUGGUGGCUUUGUGGCUUUCCUGGGGCAGCGCUGUGACUAGCUGCUGGUCCCCAACAAGGGACAGUGUUGCGUUGAGACACCUGAAGGCUGAGAGUCCUCCAGGGUAUUUCAGGGAAAGAUCUGAAAUUACCUUUUCCUUUUUUCCUUAAACGCCUAUGAAGGGUCACGAGCUGCUCUCAUGGAAUCUCCAAAGAUGAGACAUUGUGCUAAGUUUGGUGACUAGCUGGCUGCUGCUGGCAUCUCUGUAACAGCAAGCAACUUUGGACCAGACAAGGUAGCCUACAGCCAUAGGCUCCUUGCAGCUGGCAAGUUUUUAUGAGCAGUAGCUAACGACUUCUGGAGGAGGGCACAGCCCUUCCCAGAGGGGAAAGCAAGAGAGACAGAAGUGAUGUGACUUGCCCAAAGGCCAGAAGAGGUCUUUCUUUGCCAGGGAUUUCCCUCUGCAUGGAGAGGCUUGUUUGGGAACUGUCGGAAAUUCAACAGCCGAAUCCCUCAGCUCCAGGUCCGGUAUCUCCAGGUGGUUGCAUACAUGUACUGUGGGGUGGGGUAGCACCAAAGCAGAGAGGGUGGCGAAGCAUGCAGGAUUUGGAGUGCAGGGACACCUCUUUUCCAGGGAGGUCUUCAGCCACUUCGAGCUGCUCACCAACACCCUACUGAGCGCCUUAGCUAAUGCGCUGGGCAGGUUCCCUGGGGUGGGACAUCUCAUCCAUGAGACACCCAACGUACAUAAGCCAGUAGCUAAACUCCUCUCCACUCAUUGUUCCAUGUGUUCAGUUCUUCAGUGUCUCCUCCAUCUCCACCCCAAUGCAGAAGUCACUUCAGACAGCAGCCUCCUCUCCUUGCCAGACAUCCCCCAUGUUUCUUAGCUCCAAGCCAGAGGAGAAAAAGCAACGGUAGCAACCAGCCUCCAAACACAGACAUGGAGAGGGAUUUUAACCUCCUGGGGGAGCAAUGCCUCUCUGAAGAGGGUGGAAGGACAGUAGGUUUUAAGUGAGGAAAAGACACAGGGAAAUGAAACAAAGGAGAUGGAGAAGGAAGGCAGGCGGUGUGUCCGAGAGCCAUCUCAGAUCCUCCCUCCCUCCCUCAGGUACGUGAGAUGGGACACAGGGGAAGCCAGCCGGCUUCAUCCCAUCCCAUCACGGUUAGGAUGGCAUGCCUUAGAGACGUAGCAUUGUGGUACGGAUGAUGAGUAUAUUCUGUCUUACUAGUCUUACCUGAGCCUUCGUGUAUCUGCUCAGUAAAACUCACAGUAUGGGGGGGUGGGACAGGGGGUUUGUAACAGGUCGUUCAGCUCUGGGACUGGUUUGGAAAAUGUCUUUGGGUGGGUAUGGAAAAAAAAAAAAUCAUCCCUGAAGAUCCGUGGGACCACCGGGGAGGUGAGGACCAGGUUUUCCAGGGUGCAGGGGAGGGGUGGGAAGAAGCUUGUGGGUUUUGGUCUUUGAACCUCCACUUUUAAACAGUGCAAUUUGCUGAAAGAGAAAUGAACUUCAAAUGCCUUUUGGGGGAAAAAAAAGGGGGGGGGGGGGGGGAGGGGUUGAAGUUGCCAUGCCACCGAUUUCACCUUUGUCAAAAGUUUUGGAGCCUAAUUUUGUUUUUUUCCUUCUGUUGCUAUAUGGAAAAAAAAUGGUCAUUGACAAAAAAAAAAACUUUAUCAGCAAAAUGUUUAAAUUAUGUAAUAAACAAAACAAAACAGAA